UCCCGUAGGCUUAAAACGAGCGGAAAAAUGGCUGCCGCUCCCUAAGUACCCGAAUUUCACGUACAAUUUGAGGAAAUCUGCAAUUUUAACCUUUGCCCGGAGACGGUCUUGCACGGAUGGGUGCGCAUGCGCAGUGAGCCGCAACUCGUCGCGAUCACCGUUCGCUCUCGCACAUCGUCGCACGCGUCGUUCUUCCGCGGAGUUGGCAAUUCUUUGGUGAUCUCCUCGCUCAAAGACACACGCAAUGGCUCCUCCGACAUAUGGUGAUUUAGGCAAGAGCGCCCGAGAUGUAUUCUCUAAAGGCUACCAUUUUGGACUUUUUAAACUGGAUGUGAAAACCAAAAAUGCAUCCGGUGUUGAGUUUAACAGUGGUGGAAUUUCCAACCAAGAUUCAGGGAAGGUGUUCGGUGCACUUGAGACAAAAUAUAAAAUAAAGGAAUAUGGACUUACCUUCUCUGAGAAGUGGAACACCGACAAUACGCUUGGUAGCGAAAUAAUCAUCGCAGACAAAUUACUUCAGGGACUUAGCAUUGGUUAUAGCUGUACAUUUUCUCCUCAGACUGGUAGUAAGAGUGGGAAGUUAAAAACUACUUACAAACAUGAGCACGUGUCCACUAAUGCCGAUUUUGACUUAAGUCUCACAACUGGUCCUUUGGUUCAUGCCAGCGCCGUUGUGGGAUAUCAGGGAUGGUUGGCUGGCUACCAGGCAACCUUUGACUCUCAGAGAAGUAAACUCACUAAGAACAACUUUGCUCUUGGAUUCACUGCAUCCGACUUUGCUCUUCACACUUCCGUGGAAAAUGGCUGUGAGUUUGGCGGGUCCAUUUAUCACAAGGUGAAACCCGGAUUGGAAGGCGCGGUCAAUCUGGCAUGGAAUUCUAGUAAUAAUGUAACACAAUUUGGACUCGGCUCCAAAUACGACCUUGAUCAAGAUUCAAGUCUAAGAGCCAAGGUUAAUUCCCAAUUACAAGUUGGUUUGGGUUAUCAACAGAAACUCUGCAAUGGAAUUACUUUAACCCUUUCAACGAACAUCGAUGGGAAGAAUUUCGGCUCUGGAGGUCAUAAGUUGGGUUUCGCAUUAGAGCUCGAAGCCUAAUUGUCAUUUCUGAUACUUCGACGAUUACUUUAUAACUUUUAUGUCGUGAAAGAAACACUGCAAUACAUGCUUCAACUUGAAAUUCGCCUGUAACGUUAUGUAGACAUAUUUAUCUUGAAAUUGGAUGGCUCUAUUUUAAAUUAUUUGCAAAAGAAGAAUGAAAGGCGAUAACUUUCACAACUCGCAUGGUUAUGUUCGAGGGAAGAAGUAUAUACGAGAGUGUAAAGAAUCCGUACUGAUUCGUUUUUAAUUUUAAUUUUAUUUUCGAGAUACUGUUUGCCUCAUCGGCGGUAUAGGGAAACGCUGAUGUUGACAUGUCACAUCCCAGUUGUGAAGUUAGAGAAGAAAGUAAAGAAAUACACGUUCAGUAAAGUACAGCAGUAUUCAAAGUGAUCCCCAAUAAAGAAAACGAUGAACAAAAUGUAGUUACUUGACGUUGUUAAUGCUUCCACUCACUGACGGAAAAGACACUGCUGCCAAAGAAGCGAACAAGCAAUGUUCUUAAUGGAUCUCAACGUGACUUGUUAAAUACUCCGAUGAAGUAUUUUUUAUAAUUUCCGCAAAUUAAUGUAAAACUAAGUGAAUUUCAGCCCUCCUUACGAUGAAUACUUGAAUCGUUCAGAAUGUUAAAGGGAAGUCCCUAGAAGUGGAUGGAAGCUCGAUUUAACUACGGAAUGAAAAACCACUGAUUUAUCAUUUUUGAGUUACCUUUAGUUGUGUAUAUAUAUGUGAUCACAAAACUGCACUUUUGAAUCACUAUCGAUAACAGUAGCAAAGUGGUACGAUGUACCCAGAAGCUUAUCGAUAUUAUUAUUAACUAGUGACUGCUUUCACUCGAAGAACCUCUAGACACUGGCGUACAAAUUUCAGGUUAUGGUUCGUUCUAUACUUUAUUCCAUAGAUACAGUAUACUCUUUUCAACUUAAGGAUUAGGGACUGGACAAGAAACAAUUACAUUCAUUGUCAAGUUGUAUGUUUAGACUGACCUUUGUAGUAUCUACCAUGUGGCUUUUGGAUAGUUGCUUAAAUAAAGAGAGACACACAAUUGUUACGUUAA